AUGCACUCUCCGCGCCACUCCGCCGAAGAUUCUUCCCAGGGGCCCCAGUGCUCCCAUGCUACCUCAUAUGCACCGCAUACCGAUAGCCAGCGUAGCGACGUGGAACUCCGCUCUCUGACGUCUGCGCAACGGUACUCUGAUCAUAACCAAAACCCUCGCCAUACUGACGAUAUCAGCGCGGCAGGGAGCGACGACGAAUUUUCCUGCUCCUCAGAAUUCGAACUUUUGGAAGAGGGCUUGAACAGCAGUUUGGUAUCCAGCGAGGAUUCGAGGGGUCGGCGACCAAUGACUCGAAAGCACAAUUCACUCAAGCGCCGUUCAUCCAGACCUAGCCUUAAGCUCGCGUUUGGCGAGAACGGCCACGCGAACGGCGGCAUGGAUUCCGGCGUUGGGCUGCGAAGAAAGGAUGUCUCCCUAGACUCCACGACAUCGCUUGCCUCACGGGUUAUGAACAGAUCAGACUUCUCCCUGGACGAUGAGCCGCCGCCUACUCCGCAGACACCGGGGCUCUCAAGCACGAGCUUUGCAGACUUGCCUGCGUACGACCAGAGAAACUUUCUUUUGCUAGUUCUGCUUUACUUUUUACAGGGAGUUCCUAUGGGCCUCGCGAUGGGUUCCGUACCGUUCCUUCUCAAGCCAUUCCUCUCCUACACCCAAAUCGGCAUCUUCUCACUCGCGUCCUACCCAUAUUCCCUAAAGCUACUAUGGAGUCCUAUAGUGGACGCGGUUUGGAGCCCCAGAUUUGGAAGGAGAAAGAGUUGGAUAACACCGAUUCAGACCGUUUCUGGCCUCGCCAUGGUGUAUCUGGGCAGCAGAGUCGAGAGCAUGAUGGCUGCAACCGAAGCGCAAGGCACGGACGGUGUCUGGAACUUUACCGGCUGGUGGUUCCUCCUCGUCUUCCUCUGCGCAACUCAGGACAUUGCCGUUGACGGUUGGGCUAUUUCGCUUUUGUCUCCACAGAACAUUGCGUACGCAUCCACCGCACAGACCGUUGGCCUCACCGCUGGGAACUUUCUUUCAUACACGGUCUUCUUGGCGUUCAAUUCUCCCGAUUUCGCGAAUAGGUGGUUCCGAACAACUCCAACGGAUGAUGGGCUUAUUACUCUGGGAGGUUACCUCACAUUUUGGGGCUGGGCGUACUUGGCCAUUACCCUGGGUUUGGCAGUAUUCAAGAAAGAGGAUAGGACAAAGGAGCGAGAUAGCAUCACGGAUGUUUACAAGUCGAUGUGGGGUGUACUGAAGCUGAAGAAUAUUCAGACCAUCAUCAUAAUCCAUCUUAUCGCCAAAAUCGGCUUCCAGGCAAAUGAGGCUGUAACUAACCUUAAGCUAAUUGAUAAGGGCUUUGGUCAAGAUAAUAUGGCUCUGGUUGUCCUUAUUGAUUUCCCAUUUGAAAUUGGCCUGGGUUACUUUGCCGGCAAAUGGUCGACCGAGUACACGCCAAUGAGGCUGUGGUGCUGGUCGUUUGUUGGAAGACUUGUUGCUGCGGUCCUGGCGCAAAUCGUUGUGAUGAUCUUCCCCAAAACCCCGGUUCCUGGAUGGUAUAUAUUUGUUGUCAUCUUGGAGCAUGUCUUCUCAACAUCCAUGAGUACAAUCAUGUUCGUAGCUGUUUCCGCUUUCCAUGCUCGAAUCUCCGAUCCAACGAUCGGUGGCACUUACAUGACGCUCCUCGCAACCGUAUCGAACCUUGGGGGAACGUUUCCAAAGUUCUUCGUUCUCAAAUUUGUUGAUUUCUUCGCCAAAGCCAUCUGCACCCCGCCUUCCAACCACCCUUCAAAUAUAAAGUCACCUGUCACGUCGCCCUUCUCGUGCGCUCUCGAGGCGGAUAAGCAUCGCUGCAUCGCAGGGGGCGGUACAUGUCAUAUCGAACGUGACGGUUUCUAUAUCACUAAUAUCCUUUGCGUUAUCAUCGGAGUGGUCACCUUCUGGACAUAUAUUAAGGCUGCGGUGCUCAAGUUGCAGAAGCUGCCUUUGAGAGCAUGGCGACUAUCUCCAGGCAGUGGGAAUAGAUGA